AUGUGUGUUGUGCCUGACCGCCCCUCGCUGCCUGGGGAUGAGCCUCGAGCGCUGUGUCUUUACUUCACUGGCCAUGCGGACGUGGAUGUUCAGGCGCCUACUCAUCCUCCCGUCUCGCCCGGCUCUCCUCCUGCAUGCCACUCUCCCGACCGUGCCAGCGCCAGCCCUGCCAUGGCCUCUGCGACCAGCCACUGGGGCACACUGAUCAACCCGGACAAGAGCCCGGCGCCGCUGUUGGAACAGCUAUGUCUGGGAAUCGCACAGCUGAUGGUGAGAUAUUGGACUGAAAAACUUGCCCCCAGAAACUCUCGCGAAGGCUUGACUGACUGUGUGAGACAGCCCUCCUUUGACUCGAGCCCCACAACCGACCUCACCCCGGACCGCCUCGCAGCGUUCUACCGCAAGGUCGGCGGCAACUACGAUCCGCUCUUCCUCGAGACUAAAACCCAAGCCCUCUCCUUCAUCUAUCAGUCGCUCGGGUGUUUCCACAGCCUCCAGCCCUCCAAGAGCCCCUAUGAACCCCCCUUCAGUCCCCUCGCUAUGCCCGAAUGGCUUCGUGCGCUGGCAGACCAUUCAGGUGCUCAUGGACCCGGAUGA